CUGCACUAUGGGAGCCUCCUGGGCAGCAGAGCUUGUGCCCAGAUGGCAGCAGCUGCCUGGGGCAGUGGCUUUCUGUACAGUGUCCUGCACACGGCCAAUACAUUUUCCCUGCCCCUCUGCCGAGGCAAUGUUUUGGACCAGUUCUUCUGUGAAAUCCCCCACAUCCUCAAGCUCUCCUGCUCAGAUGCCUACCUCAGGGAGGCUGCGCUUCUUGUAGUUAGUUUCUGUUUAGCAUUUGCGUGUUUUGUUUUCAUUUCAUUUUCUUAUGUGCAGAUCUUCAGGGCUGUGCUGAGGAUGCCCUCUGAGCAGGACCAGCACAAAGCCUUUUCCACAUGCCUCCCUCACCUAGCUGUGGUCUCUCUAACUCUCAGCACUGCCUUGGUUGCCUACCUGAAGCCCCCCUCCAUCUCUUCCCCAUCCCUUGACAUGGUGGUGUCAUUUCUGUACUCGGUGGUGCCUCCAGACCCUUCUGUUGUGGGGUUGUUGAGAGUUGAAGAGCAGGCACUGAUGGCUGCCACAACGGUGCACCGGCAGCAAUAG